GCCGCAUUCCAGCCGGAGCGCAGCGCUCUGUAGUCGGACCCGGCGCGCUCCGUGUCCCCGGUCCUCCCGGUCCUCUUCCCCGCAGCAGGACCGCUGCUCCGCGGCUUGUCUUCUGUCCCCGGGUCGGUGCAGACCUCCGCGCUGUGAGAGCCGCUCUGGUCUGGAGCUCGAUACACAGACACGGAGCCCGUCGCGUGGACUUCUUUUCUAUAUUUUGUGUAUAUCUUCGUUGCUGGUGGAUUUAAAGCCUUUUCCCCGGGCGGCCGGCACCAUGGAGCCCGGCGCGUGGUGGACGCUGGUGGGCGCGCUGCUCGGGACCCUGUCCGGGCUACAAGGAGUGUGUGUCUUCGAGGGAUCUCUGUACGCGAACAACACAUCGUGGAGACCGGAGUCGUGUCGGGAGUGCAGCUGCCACAGCGACGUGGCCGUCUGCCAGCUCAGCCGCUGCCAUAACCCACAGUGUGACUUCCAGAGGGGUCAGCACUUGAGGAUCCCUGCCAACAAGUGCUGUCCGGAGUGUGUCUCCUCAUCCCAGGGCUCCUGCCAGUACGAAGGAUUCGUUUACGGACAUGACAGCCAGUGGAGCCCCUCCCCCUGCUCCCUGUGCUCCUGCUCCAGAGGAGGCGUGGCCUGCAGCUCUCGGCACUGCCAUCCUCUCAGCUGCCCCGCGGACCAGAGCCUGUUCACCCCCACCGGAGAGUGCUGCCCCAAGUGCGGCCGCAACGGAGGGUCCUGCUCCUGGGGGGGCGUGGCCUAUAGGGACGGCGAGGAGUGGGCGCCGAGCCUCUGCUCCAGGUGCGUCUGCAGUGACGGGGACGUCCGGUGCUCGGUGGCCGAGUGUCAACCGGUCGCCUGCAAGCCGCCCGAGAACUUGGUGAUCCAGCCGGGCCGCUGCUGCCCUCAGUGUGUGUCCAACCCCUGUCUGUCUGCUGGGAAACAGCACCAGCACGGUGAGCAGUGGCAGAAGAACGCCUGCACCACGUGUGUGUGUGACCGGGGGCAGUCUAAAUGCCACACAUACACCUGUCAGCCCCUCACCUGCAACAAGGGUCAGACCAAAGUGAAGCGAGCCGGACAAUGCUGCGGCGAGUGCGCCGCCGCCGCGGGGAGCUGCGCGUACAGGGGCGCCACGCGAUACCACGGAGACAUGUGGAACGCCACGGGGUGCCAGUUCUGCUCCUGCAACCGCGGUCAGGUGGUCUGCCACCGGGCCGAGUGCGGCCGCGUGGCUUGCCCCCAGGGAUCUGAGCUCAAUCAUCUACUGGGCCGGUGCUGCCCGGAGUGUUCCUCUGAGAAACCUUCCUGUUCCUAUAAAGGGGAAUCCUACAAGGACCUGGCUCGGUGGUCGGACGGCGGCUGCCGAGAGUGCGAAUGCAGCGGCGCCCGGGCGACCUGUUACCUGCUCUCCUGCCCCACCUGCCCACCGGGCACCCUGGUCUUCAUCCGGCCCGGCGGGUGCUGCCCCGAGUGUCACCGAGUCCAGUGCCAUGCAGACUGCCUGUCAUGCACGGGGUCUCCCGGCCACUGUGAGAGCUGCAGGAGCCCGAAGGCCGUCCUGCACCUCGGCCGCUGCCUGUCCGUCUGUCCCGCCGGUUACUAUGCCAACGGAUCAGCGUGUUCAGCCUGCCAGCCAUCCUGCGCCUCCUGCUCCGGCGGGGGGGAGUGCCGGUCUUGUGGCCCCCGGCUCCCCCUGCUGAGCCCCGAUAGCGGCGAGUGCCUCGCCUCCUGUGCUCCUGGUUCCUAUCGCCACGAUGACACGCGCUGCCGCUGGUGUCACGAGUCCUGCUCCGAGUGCCGCGGGCCGAGCCGUCAGGAGUGCGCCGCGUGUUCGGACCCGGCCGCCUUGCUCAAAGGGGGGGAAUGCGUCCUCGACUGCGGCGCCGCCUUCUACGACCGAGGAGGCGUCUGCCACGUCUGCGACGCCUCCUGCGCCUCCUGUUUCUCCGACAACCCCGAGUGCAUGAGCUGUCUGCCGGGCGCCGCAUUGCAUCAUGGGAAGUGCAUUUCCCAGUGCCCAGCUCAGCAUUACCCGGACGGCCGCGACAGAUGCCGAGGCUGCCACGCCUCCUGCGCCUCCUGCUGGGGCUCCUCAGCGUUGCAGUGCUCCUCCUGUCCCGAUGGGCGUCUCCUCCACCAGGGCCAGUGUGUGGAGGUCUGCGGGGAGAGGCUCUACCCCCAGGACGACUCCUGCCACAAUUGUCACCCGUCUUGCCGGUCCUGCGCCGGGCCGCUGGCCUCGGACUGCGUCCGCUGCUUGAAACCCGAGGAGGCCCUGGUGCCGCGGGACGGAGCCCUGCGGCGCGGCGUCUGCUCGGCCGGCUGCACCGCGCGCAGCUUCCUGGACCACGAGCACACCUGCAGAGAGUGUUAUCCCUCCUGCUGGCAGUGCACCGGGCCGUCUGCAGACAACUGCACUUCCUGUCUGUCUCCGUCCAGCCUGCACGAGGCCCGCUGCCUCCACACCGUCCCACAGGGCUUCUUCACCCAAGACAACCUGAGCCAAGCUUGCCACCCGUCCUGCCGGACCUGCUCCGGUGCCUCCCAGGCCGACUGCACCUCCUGCCCCCCGCUGGCCUCCCUGCAGAGCGGCUACUGCAGGACCAGCUGCCCAGAGGGGCUCUUCCUCCACGCCGUCACUGGAGAGUGCCUCGAGUGCAGCCCUGACUGUCAGCGCUGUGCGGCCGACCUCCAGACGGGCAUCGGCAGCGUGUGCCUGUUGUGCCGAGCGGCGAGGACCCGGUUGCUGGGCGACCACUGCGUGCCCGAGUGUCCACGGGGCCACUACGACAGGCACGGCGCCUGCAUCAGAUGUUCCCCGUCAUGUGACUCCUGCAGGGGGGCGGGGCCUCUCUCCUGCACCUCCUGCCCCCCCGGCCUCCUCCUGCUGCCCUCGGGCCUCUGCGCUCCCCAGUGCCCCCAGGGUUACUAUGACAACGGCCACAGGAGCUGUCAGGCCUGUGACCCUCAGUGUCUGACCUGUGACCUCUCGGGCGUCUGCUCGUCCUGCAGAGACCCAAACAAGGUGCUGCUGUUCGGGGAAUGUCAGUACGACAGCUGCGCCCACCAGUACUACCUCAACACCACCACCAGGAGCUGCAGGGAGUGUGACUGGAGCUGUAACUCCUGCCGAGGUCCCCUGCGGACCGACUGCCUGCUGUGCAUGGAGGGCCACGUGUUGCAGGAGGGCGUGUGCACCCUGGGGUGCUCCCCCGGCUCCUUUCAGGACGGAGACAAAUGCCUCGGCUGUGAUGAUCACUGUGUGGAGUGUGGGGGUCCAGCUCAGUGUCACCAGUGCCAGACCCCCUACGCCGCCCUGCAGGGUCAGUGUGUGCUGGAAUGUGGCAGAAACCACUUCCUUGACGGCCAAUCACAGACCUGCAAAUCGUGCUCCUCCGACUGCGUGCUGUGUGAGGGCGUCGGUCUCUGCGGCGCCUGUGGAGGCCACGCCUACCUCAUGGAGGGCUACUGCACGCCGGACUGCGGACGCGGAUUCUACGCCGACCAGAAGACCCGGACCUGCCACGUGAACAUCCGGCCCCCGGUCCUGCAGGUCAACGGGUCCCUGCUGGUCCCCCUUGGGGGUCUGGCCCCGCUGCCCCCCAGCCUGCUGCGGGUGAAGGACCCCGACAGCCCCCCUGAGCGGCUGGUCUUCCAGUUGGUCCGGGUCCCCGCCAACGGCCGGCUGGUCCUGUUCGGAGCGGAGGGAGAGGGGUCCGGCCGGGACCUGAACGGGGACGACACCUUCACCUGGGCGGAGCUGAGGUCCGGCCGGGUCCGGUUCAGACACCAGGAGGACAAAGCCAGGACCGGUGACUUCUCCCUCCGUGUGUCUGACCCUCAGCUGUCCUCUCCUCCAGAGACGGUCCACGUUCAGGUCGUUUCUCUGCAGCCUCCGCGGGUCGUGGCCCUCGCCCCUCUGAUCGUGGGGGGCCGCGGCGCCACGGCGUCCAUCACCAGGUCGGUGCUGCAUGUGGACGACCCCGACAACCCGGCCGACGUCCUGCUGGUCGUCCUGGAGCCGCCCCGCCACGGCCGGCUCACCCGUCUCCACGGCGACCGCGCCCUGGGCCGCUUCAAGCUGGAGGAGCUGCGGCGGGAACAGAUCCGCUACGUCCACGACGGCUCGGAGGGGGCCGAGGACGGGGCGGUGCUGCAGGUCAACGACGGCCACAGCUACCGCAACGUCCUGCUGCAGGUCCACAUCCGCCAGGAGGCCGCCGACGCCCCUCACGCGCCGGCAGCCACCUGGGUGAAGGAGGGAGGCAUGGUGCUUCUGGGUAAAAGACACCUGCAGGCCGCCUUCAAGGGGGUGGGCAGCGAUGACAUCGUCUACACCAUCGACGUCUCGGAGGGGAAACCCAAACACGGUGAGGUGGUGCUGGUGUCCACGCUGGCCGAUGGCCCUGCUGAGGGAUGGCGCCCGGCGCCGGCCGACGAGCGCGGCCUUACGGCCACGACCUCCUUUACCCAGCAGGACGUGAACGACGGCGCCGUCUGGUACCGACACUUCGGCGGCGACGCCAACGCCGACUCCUUCCUCUUCCGGGUGUCCACGAAGGCGGCGGCACUCCGGCAGGGCGAUGCCCAGACCUUCACCAUCGGCGUCCUGCCUCAGAUCCCUGGGUUCCCCCAGCUCGCCUCCGACUGCGACCUGCAGGUCACGGCUCUAGAGGACCGGGUGACCCCCAUCUCUCCUUCAGCUCUCUCCUUCGUGGACUCUGAGACUCCGAGUGAGAAGCUCAUCUACAACAUCACCAAACCUCUACCGCAGGGCCAAGGGUCCAUGGAGCACGUGGACCGGCCAUACUCCCCCCUGCAGGUCUUCUCUCAGGCCGACGUGGACCAGAUGAAGAUCCUCUACAGACCACCGGCCGCCCCCUCACACCUGCAGGAGCUGUACCAGUACUCCUUCAUCGGUCUGCCGGAGUCGCUGAGCGUUUACUUCACAGUGUCAGACGGGGAGCACACGACUCCUGAGCUGGACUUUGCCAUCCUGCUGCUGUCCAAUCACCAGCAGCCGCCGGUGUUCCAGGUCCUGGACCCGCUGCUGGAGGUGGGCCUGGGAGGACACGCCUCCAUAGGCGGUCAGCAGCUGGCGGUGAGCGAUGCCGACACGGCUCCUGACGAGCUGGAGUUUGAGUUGGUGGAAGCUCCAGUACACGGAGAACUGGUGAAGACCGACACACACACCAGCAUGAAGAACGGUGACGUCUUCACCUUCGCCGACGUCACCCGCAACGUUCUGCUCUACCGCCACGCCGGCCUCAGCGGCCAGGAGGACGCCAUGACCUUCUCCGUGAGCGACGGCAUCUCCAUGGCGAUCACGGCGGUGCAGGUGGUGGUGUUGGCGCCGGGCGGCGGCGGCGGCAACAGCGACGGGCCCCAGCGGGACCCGACGGCCACGCUGUCGCUGGAAGUGGGCGAGAAAAGCAGCACCGUGAUUGGCCGCUCACACCUGGCGUUCACCGACAACUCCUCCCCGGACCAGCAGAUCCAGAUCCAGCUGGUGUCGGUGCCGAUGUACGGCGUCCUGACCCGGAGCGAGGAGCACCAGGAGCACCAGGAGCUGAGGGAGUACUCCUCCUUCACCAUGGAGGACGUCAGCGAGCGCCGGAUCAGGUACGUCACCUCCCUGGAGACGGGCAGCCAGCCGGUCACCGACAUCUUCCACUUCGUCGUAUAUGACGCCGACGACAACCGCCUCGACAACCAGAUGUGCACCAUCACCAUCACCUCGGCGCCCAGGCAGCCGCCCACGCUCACGGUGCGCAGCGGCAUCAAGGUCCAGGAAGGUGGCCGAGUGCAGCUGUCGACCAAUCACAUCAUAGUGUCGGACCUGGACACGCCCAGGAAGGACCUGCUGGUCUGGCUCGUCAGUCCACCGAAAUACGGCUUCAUCGAAAACACCAGAAGAGGGGGCUCGGCCGGCGGCUCGCGGGUCGUCACCCCUGACGCGCCGUUCUCCGUGGACGACCUGACGGCCGACCACGUCUUCUACGUCCAGGACGGCCGGCGAGAAGCUCGGGAGCAUCGGGACGUGUUCAGCUUCUACGUCAGCGACGGGCACGGCCAGACGGAGGCGCUGGAUGUCCACAUCGACAUCCAGAGCCAGGAGGACCGGGAGCCCGUGGUGGCGGUCAGCAGCAUCCACGUGGAGGAGAACUCGGGCGUCAUCAUCACCAACUCGUCGCUCAGCGUCACCGACCGCGACACGCCGGAGAGCGAGAUCCUGUUCACCGUCGUCAGGAGGCCGUCCUACGGCAAACUCCGCAGACGUCAGUUUUACUCUCAGCCGCUGGAGAACGGCCGGGUCCUGGAUCAGGGCUCCACCUUCACCUACCAGGACGUCCUAGACCGGCUGCUGGUCUACACGCCGGAGACCUUCAGCUGGGGGGCGGACGAGAUGGGCUUCACGCUCACGGACGGCGUCUACACGCACACGGGCCGCCUGGAGUUCACCAUGGACGUCAGGAGCGAAGGGCCCCGAAUGACCGUUAACAGGGGCCUGCAGCUCCCGGCAGGGUCUUCGUCCAAGGUCACGGAGCAGAACCUGAAGGGCUCGGACGUGGACUCGGACAGCCUGAAGCUCCGGUACGUCCUCACCAGAGACCCUCCGGCCGGGAAGCUGCAGCUCAGCAAGAGCGGCCGCGUGGAGAAGAUCUCCGUGAAGGGACCCGUGAAGAGCUUCACCCAGGACGACGUCAACAGAGGCCUGCUGCAGUACAGCCACGAGAAAGGGGAGAAGGGGGGCAGCCUGUCCUUCAAGUUCAACCUGGUCGACCCGGAGGGCAACAAGCUGAUCGAUCAGUCCUUCUUCAUCAGCGUGCUCGAGGACCGCCUCCCCCCGGUCGUGGUGGUGAACAAGGGCCUGGUGCUGGACGAGAACACGGCCAAGAAGCUGACCACGCUGCAGCUGUCGGCCAGCGACCAGGACAGCGAGCCGGGCGAGCUCGUCUACCGGGUCACCAAGGAGGCGGGCCUGGGCCACCUGGAGCACGCCGCCAGCCCAGGCACCAGAACCAGCACCUUCACCCAGGCUGAUCUGGUCUCACGCAGCAUCCAGUACGUCCACACCAGCGAAGAAGAGAAGCACGCCGACCAGUUCUCCUUCUCCGUGUCCGACGGGACUAAUGAGGUGGCCCAGACGUUCUACAUCACCAUCAGACCUGUGGACGACUCGCUGCCUCUGCUCCAGGUUCCCGGCAUGAGGGUCCAGGAGGGCGUGAGGAAGACCAUCACGGAGUUUGAGCUGAAGGCCACUGAUGCAGACACUGAGGCGGAGUCCAUCGUCUUCACCGUGGUCCAGGCUCCUCGUCACGGCACCAUCGAGCGCACUGGCAACGGGCAGCACUACCGGCAGACCGGCAGCUUCACCAUGGACGACGUGUACCAGAACCGGGUCAGCUACAACCACGACGGGUCCAACUCGCUCAAGGACCGCUUCACCUUCAGCGUGGCCGACGGCACAAACCUGCUGUUCAUGGUGGAGGAGGGUGGCACGGAGAUCGUGACGGCCGCGCCGCAGAAGUUUAAGAUCGAUAUUCUUCCGGUGGACGACGGCACGCCGCGCAUCGUCACCAACCUGGGGCUGCAGUGGCUGGAGUACACGGACCACACGGCCACCAACCUAAUUACCAAGAAGGAGCUUCUGACCACCGACCCAGACACCGACGACGGGCAGCUGGUCUACGAGGUCACCACCGAGCCCAAGCUCGGCUUCCUGGAGAGCAAAAUGAAGCCCGGAGAGGCCGUCACCUCCUUCACGCAAGCCGAUAUCAACAUGGGUCUGAUCCGCUACGUGCUGCAGCAGGAGGACGUCCAGGACACCGUGGACAACUUCAAGUUCCUGGUGAAAGACAGCAAACCCAACGUGGUCAGCGACAACGUCUUCCACAUCCAGUGGUCGCUCAUCAGCUUCGAGCACAAAAGCUACAACGUGAGCGAGAAGGCCGGCACGGUGGCGGUGACGGUGAAGCGGACGGGCAACCUCAACCAGUACGCUAUCGUGCUCUGCCGCACCGAGCAGGGCGUUGCCACCUCCACCAGCAGCGUGGGCUCCCGGCCGGGCCAGCAGGACUACGUGGAAUACGCCGGACAGGUGCAGUUCGACGAGCGCGAGGACACCAAGGUGUGCACGGUGGUCAUCAACGACGACCAGGUGUUCGAGGGCGCAGAGAGCUUCCAGGUGGAGCUCAGCAUGCCGGCGUAUGCGCUGCUGGGCGGGAACACGCGCGCCCUCGUCUUCAUCAACGACACCGAGGACGAGCCCACGCUGCAGUUCGACAAGAAGACGUACCACGUCAACGAGAGCGCCGGCAUCGCGCACGCCGCCAUCGAGAGAAAAGGCGACACCUCCAGCACCGUGUCGGCGCUCUGCUCCACCGUGGCCCGCUCGGCUCAGGGCAGCAGCCUCACGGCUCUGGAGUCCGGCUCCGACUACAAGAGCCGCGGCGCCACCGGCGACCACCGCGUGGUCCUCGGCCCCGGCGUCACCAUGACGACCUGCGACGUCACGCUCAUCGACGACAGCGAGUACGAGCUGUCCGAGGAGUUCGAGCUGGUGCUGUCGGACCCCUCGGACAACGCCCGCGUGGGGCGCGUGGCCACCACCAAGGUCGUGAUCGACGGGCCCAACGAUGCGUCGACCGUCACGCUAGGAAACGCCACCUUCACCUUCAGCGAGGACGCCGGCACCAUAGAAAUCCCGGUGCUGCGUCGGGGCAGCGACCUGUCAUCUGUGACCUCCGUGUGGUGCGCCACCCGACCUUCGGACCCCCCCUCCGCCAGCCCCGGGGUGGACUAUAUCCCCAGCUCCAAGAAGGUGGAGUUCAAACCCGGUAGAACCCAAGAGACCUGCAGCCUGACCAUCAUGGACGACGUCCAGAACCCGUCCAUCGAGGGCGCCGAGUCCUUCGUGGUGUUCCUCAGCUCCCCGCAGGGCGCCGUCCUCCAGGAGCCCUACGAGGCCGACGUGGUCAUCACCGACACCUUCCAGGACAUUCCCAGCAUGCAGUUCGAGAAGACCGCCUACACCGUGGAGGAGCGCGGCGGCGCCCUGCACAUCCCCGUCGUCCGCACGGGCGACCUGUCCCUCAGGUCGUCGGCGCGCUGCUUCACCCGCACCAUGUCGGCCAUGGUGAUGGACGACUUCGAGGAGCGCAGGAACGACGACGAGUCGCGCGUCACGUUCCUCCGAGGGGAAAAGGUGAAGAACUGCACUGUCCACGUCCUGGACGACUCAGUGUUCGAGCCCGUGGAGGAGUUCCAGGUGCAUCUUGGGACGCCGCUGGGCGACCACUGGAGCGGCGCCAUGGUGGGCGCCGCCGACGUCGUCACCGUCACCAUCACCAACGAUGAAGACGCUCCCACCAUUGAGUUCGAGCAGGCGUCCUAUCAGGUGAGGGAGCCACCCGGGCCCGAUGGCGUGGAGGUCCUCGACGUCAAGGUGGUCCGCGGGGGGGAUCUGGACCGCACCUCCAAGGUCCGCUGCAGCACCCGAGACGGGUCGGCCCAGUCCGGGGUGGACUACAACCCCAAGAGCCGCGUGCUCAAGUUCCCCCCUGGGAUGGACCACAUCCUAUUCAAGGUGGAGAUCCUGUCCAACGAGGACCGGGAGUGGCACGAGUCCCUGACGCUGGUGCUCGGCCCUGACGACCCCGUGGAGGCGGUGCUCGGGGAGAUCACCGUGGCAACGGUGACCAUCCUGGACCAGGAGGCCUCGGGGAGCCUUAUCCUGCCCGCCACGCCCAUCGUGGUCUCCCUCGCCGACUACGACCACGUGCAGGAGGUGACCAAGGAGGGCAGCAAGAAGACGCCCUCGCCGGGCUACCCCCUGGUGUGCGUCACGCCCUGCGACCCCCACUACCCCAAGUACCCCGUGAUGAAGGAGCGCUGCGAGGAGGCCGGCAUCAACCAGAGCCAGGUCCACUUCUCCUGGGAGGUGGCAGCGCCCACCGACACCAGCGGCGCCCGCUCCCCCUUCGAGACGGUCACGGACACCACGCCGUACACCGGCGUCAACCACAUGGUGCUGGACAGCAUCUACUUCAGCCGCCGCUUCCAAGUGCGCUGCGUGGCUCAGGCCCGGGACAAGUCGGGUCACCUGGGCACGCCGCUGAGGAGCAACGUGGCCACCGUCGGCACGGAGGGCGCCAUCUGCCACACGCCCGUCACCACGGGGACCGCCAGGGGCUUCCAGGCCCAGUCCUUCAUCGCCACGCUCAAGUACCUGGACGUCAAGCACAAGGAGCACCGCAACCGCAUCCACAUCUCGGUGCAGAUCCCCCACCAGGACGGCAUGCUCCCCCUGGUGUCCACCAUGCCGCUGCACAACCUGCACUUCCUGCUGUCGGAGUCCAUCUACCGGCAGCAGCACGUCUGCUCCAACCUGGUGACCCUCAAGGACCUGCAGGGGCUCUCCGAGUCGGGCUUCCUGGACGACGUGUCCUACGACAGCAUCUCCCUGGGGCCGGGGUACGACCGGCCGUACCAGUUCAACCCCAACGUCCGGCAGGACAAGAGCAUUCAGCUCUACAAGCACCUCAACCUCAAGAGCUGCAUCUGGACCUUCGAUGCCUACUACGACAUGACGGAGCUCAUCGACGUCUGCGGGGGCUCCGUCACCGCCGACUUCCAGGUCCGGGACUCGGCCCAGUCCUUCCUGACGGUGCAGGUUCCUCUCUACGUGUCCUACAUCUACGUGACGGCGCCGCGGGGCUGGGCCUCUCUGGAGCACCACACGGAGAUGGAGUUCUCCUUCUUCUACGACACCGUGCUGUGGAGGACGGGCAUCCAGACGGACAGCGUGCUCUCCGCCCGGCUGCAGAUCAUCAGGAUCUACAUCCGAGAAGACGGGCGGCUGGUCAUCGAGUUCAAAACCCACGCCAAGUUCAGAGGUCAGUUUGUCCCUGAACACCACACGCUGCCGGGCCACAAGUCCCGCCUGAUGGCGCCCGACCACCUGGGCGGCGUGGAGUUCGACCUCCAGCUGCUGUGGAGCGCUCAGACCUUCGACUCCCCGUACCAGCUGUGGAGAGCCACCAGCUCCUACAGCAGGAAGGACUACUCUGGGGAGUACACGGUGUUCCUGGUGCCGUGCACCGUGCAGCCCACGCAGCCCUGGAUCGACCCCGGGGACAAGCCGCUGUCCUGCACCGCCCAUGCUCCAGAGAAGUUCCUGGUGCCGAUCGCCUUCCAGCAGACCAACCGGCCCGUCCCCGUGGUCUACUCCCUCAACACAGAGUUCCAGCUGUGCAACAACGAGAAGGUGUUCACCAUGGACCCGGCCGCCGCCGCCACCGCCGGCGCCAUGGCGACCGAGAUGGAUUACAAGGGGGCGUUCUCCAUGGGCCAGACGCUGUAUGGCAGGGUGCUGUGGAGCCCCGAGCAGAACCUGAACGCAGCCUACAGGCUGCAGCUGGAGAAGGUGUACCUGUGCACGGGCCGGGACGGGUACGUGCCCUUCUUCGACCCCACGGGCACGCUGUACAACGAGGGGCCGCAGUACGGCUGCAUCCAGCCCAACAAGCACCUCAAGCACCGCUUCCUGCUGCUGGAUCGUAAGCAGCCCGACGUCUGUGACAACUUUUUCCAUGACGUUCCCUUCGAGGCUCAAUUCGCCUCCGACGUCCCGGAGGUGCAGAGCGUGGCUGCCAUGCCGGGCGUCGACGGCUUUACCAUGAAGGUCGACGCCCUCUACAAGGUGGAGGCGGGGCACCAGUGGUACCUGCAGGUGAUCUACGUCAUCAGCCCCGAGUCGCGCUCCGGACCCCGGAUCCAGCGCUCGGCGACCCCCCCCCACCUGCUGAGCCGCCCCCGGCGCGACCUGGUGGACCGCAGCGGCCGCCUGGCGCUGGACGAGUCGCUGAUCUACGACAACGAGGGCGACCAGGUGAAGAACGGCACCAACAUGAAGUCGCUCCGCCUGGAGGCCGCCGCCACGGCGCCCGCCGCCUCCUCCUUCAACGCCCACGUGGGUGGCCAGGUGGGCGGGGGCGUGGCCGCCGUCGUCCUGCUGGCGCUGGCGCUGCUGCUCGCCACCUGCCUCCUGGCGCGGCGCUGCCGGCGGAAGGCGGCGAAGAAAGCAGCGGCGGCGCCGGCGCCCGAGGAGUACCCGCUCAACACCAAGGUGGAGGUGUGCCUGGACAAGUGCAUGGAGAAGAAGUUCGGCAGCCGGCAGUGCACCGUGAGGAACAUCAACGUGCUGCACAAGCCCAAGGUCAAGCAGGUCAACCUGGAGGUCAAAGUCCACAACAACCUCCACGACGGCACCGAGGUCUGAAACACCGGGCCACGGAAUAUAUGAGAAUUUUUAUUUUAUAAGAUAAAGUUUGUACUUAAAGUGUAUUUUUAUACCACUUUUGGGGGGGGGGGAAAGGGAAGAGGCGUUUUUUUGGGCUACCUCAGGAAUCAACCAAUCGGCUCCACCGCUCAUCUCACCACAUGCUCCUCUUGUUCUAUGUAAAUAAUAACAAAAGAAAGAACAAUGACAUCUGUACAAGUGCAAUUAUGCCACAAUGUUGCAUUAAAAGAACAAACAGACGUGUGUUUCAAGCCUUAUACUUCGAGACAUUUGAACAUUUAUUUUAUUAUUAUCCUGCCAAUAUUUAAAGGGCCACACAGUAUUUUGUUCUCAUUUUAAAAAAUCAUCCAGUGUUUUUAAUUCAUUUUUUAUUAUUUGUUACGUCCAAUAAGUGGACAUAAUUAAUCCGAUUCGCCUUACUCCCGUUUUCUGAUGAGAAAAAUCACUUUUUUAAAUGGUGUGUUUAUAAAAGUGUGUGUGUGUGUGUGUGUGUGUGUGUGUGUGUGUGUGUCUUCCUCCAAAGACACACAAAAACCUCCCCCUUUAUUUGGAAUGUUUUUAUUUUUCUCUCAUGUUUGUAUUAUUAUGACAUCGCCCUCUUAUGGAAUGUGUGACGCUACUGAUGGAAAGAGGAGAAAAAAACCUCUUUUCUUUCUCUUCACUCACCUCCUGUCUUCUCUCAACCGUGUGCCUACAACACGGGAACAGGACAAUAAUAACAACAAUAUAUAUAUUUUUGGUGCUAUCAUUGUGUGGAACAAUAACUACGAUGCUGUCAACAUGAUGCCUUGUAUUCGGUGCCUUUUUUUAAGUAAUAAAGAAUAAUGGAAAAAACAGGA